CUGACAUAGCGCCGUUCGAUUUGCGCUUCCCCUCCUCUCUCCCCAGACUUCGCAGACCACCCGCACUCGACACUGCUGCACAAACACCCAAAACCCACCGUCAUAGUGCGGCCUCUGGCCCGUAUUCCUUUUUGAUCCGUCCAUCUCCAUUUAAUUUUCUCUUCUCGGAUUUAGCUUUGCAGUUAUAUUUUACAUCAUGCAUCGGACGUAUUCCAUGCGCCAUACGAGGGCGCCUACAGCUUCCCAGAUCGAAAACCCCCCUCCUCCAAUUUCGUCGACAAAGACUAGCAGGAUCUUUGGAGGUGGAAGCCUAGGCCAUGCCUUCCGAAAAUCUGCAGCCGGAGCCUUCGGGCCCGAUCUCGCCAAAAAGCUCUCUCAGCUUGUCAAAAUGGAGAAAAACGUAAUGAGGAGCUUGGAACUUGUUGGUAGAGAGCGGAUGGAAGUGGCGCAACAACUGUCAAUCUGGGGCGAAGGUUGCGACGACGACGUUUCCGAUGUAACGGAUAAACUGGGGGUCUUGAUAUAUGAAAUUGGCGAGCUAGAAGACCAGUUCGUUGACCGAUAUGACCAAUACCGCGUCACCAUCAAGAGCAUUCGCAAUAUCGAGGCAUCAGUUCAGCCGAGCAGAGACAGAAAGCAAAAGAUUACCGACCAGAUCGCACAGCUAAAAUAUAAGGAUCCUAAUUCUCCCCGUCUGGUAGUCUUGGAGCAGGAAUUGGUCAGAGCAGAAGCAGAAUCCCUCGUCGCUGAAGCACAGCUUUCAAACAUCACCCGCGAGAAGGUCAAGUCCGCCUUCGCCUACCAAUUCGAUUCUCUUCGGGAACAUUCUGAGAAGCUGGCUAUUAUUGCUGGUUAUGGAAAACACCUUCUCGAAUUAAUCGACGAUACUCCUGUCACGCCCGGCGAGACACGGCCUGCCUAUGAUGGUUAUGAAGCUAGCAAGGCAAUUAUUCAGGAUUGUGAAGAAGCAUUGACCAACUGGGUUUCCUCGAGUGCAGCUGUCACCUCCAAGCUGUCCACCCGAUCGCAGACGCUGUCCCAGAAGCGUCGAAGCAACAUUGCUCGAAGUCGAGAAGGGGUUGAUCUAGCAGGUCAAGAUCAGCCGAUGAGGGGCGAUAGAGACUCUUGGAUACCGGCGCAGGAGCAUCCCGGGUAUACUCAGUCUCACGGCGAAGAGGAGUUUGAGGAGGAGGCAAACGGUACCGCUGAAAUUGAUGGUCGAGCGGAAGCAAGGAUUGCAGAAUGA